AUGAGAAGUUUUACUUUGAGUGCCAUAAUGCUUCGGAUCGCAUUAAAAUUCGCGUUUGAAAAGCGCACUGACAAGAGCGCGGUCUCUGGUGCCAUCCGUUUGUUUAUUUCGGUGGAAAUAAAGGGUGAAGAAAAGGUGGCUCCAUAUCACGUCCAGUACACCUGCUUACACGAGAAUAUAUUUCAUUUUCUCUGCGAAACCAACAAAGGUAAAAACCUUCCUGAAGUGAAGAUUCCAGAGGCCACUGGUAAUGAUAGCUGGAAGGUCUACUUCGAUCCACCUGCUCAGGAAAUCGUCACCGAAUUUGCUAUCCGAUACGGUAUUGAGUCGAUCUACGAGGCUAUGACACACUUUUCUUGCCUAACUACGAAGUACAUGUGUACCGGUGUUCCGGCAACGAUGUCUAGUCUGUUGGCCAACAUCAAUGCCUUUUAUGCGCAUACCUCAUCAUCGAACAACCAGUCGGCUUCGGAACGGUUCAGCGCUAGCAAUUUCGGGAAAGAAAAGUUCGUUAAGCUCCUUGAUCAAUUGCACAAUUCCCUUCGGAUCAGCCUUUCCAUGUACCGCAACUCGUUUCCUGCGUCACAACCGGACAAGCUUCAAGAUUUGAAAUCAACUGUCGACCUCCUGACGAGCAUCACCUUUUUUCGCAUGAAGGUGCAAGAGCUAACCAGUCCCCCUCGUGCGAGCCAAGUGGUCAGGGAAUGUGCUCGGGCCUGCAUGCAAACCACCUACCAAUUCAUUUAUGAAAAUGUGAACGAAGUCUAUGCCAAACAAUUUCAGGAGCCCAUAAAUGCUGAAGAAAGCGUCCCUUCAUUGAAGUCACUAGAGUUUUGGCACAGGCUGAUUACCCUUCUCGUGUCUGUCAUCGACGAAGACAAUACAACUUAUGCUUCUGUUAUCAACCAAUUUCCGCAGGAAGUGAACAUGGGCCACAUCAGUGCCUUAUGCAUGUGGGAGCGUCUUUCCGAGGAUUUAAGGAUUGCGCUGGAAGUGCAUGCUCAAGCAGAGACUCGAUACUGCAAAUCGUCGGAUUAUAUGAACUUGUGCUUCAAACUCAAAUGGUUCUACAACAAGCACGUUGCUGUGAUUCCAAGUAUGAUGGAUAGUGUGCCACAGUACCCACACUGGUUCGAGCCUUUUGUGAUGCAAUGGUUAAACGAAAACGACGAAGUUUCCAUGGACUUUCUACGCAAUGCAUACGAACGAGACAAGCAGGACGGAUUUCAGCGAUCCAGUGAACAUGCGCUGUUCUCAAAUUCAGUUGUGGACGUGUUCACUCAAUUGAAUCAGUGUUUCGAUGUGAUCAAGAAGCUGGAAUGUCCUAAUCCAGCAGUACAAGAACGCUUUCUGAAUCGCUUCUCUCGUACGGUAAGCAAAGUACUUCUAUCGUAUGCCGAGAUUGUAAAGGCUGACUUCCAGCAUUGGGUCGGACAACAGGAAGUUGCUUGUAUCAUCAUGAAUAACAUUCAGCAGCUGCGCGUUCAGUUGGAAAAAGUAUUUGAGGCCAUGGGAGGAAAUAGUCUACCAAGUGACACGCUGUCUUCCAUGAACGAUUUACAGCAGAUGCUUCACGUGGUUAUCGACGACCUGGCCGCUCAGUAUGCCCACCAGCUGCAAGCCCCCAUUUUGGCAAAAGUUAAAGAGUUGAGUAAAUUGCUCCAUCAGUGCUCACCGAAUGCGUCGGUCAAGGUGGAGUCUGCGGCCGAUCACGUUCUGCACCCAUUGAUGGACCAUUACGAGUCAACACUGUCCGUUUUGGCUGAUCUGUGCGAAAAAACUGUUCUCAAGCGCUUGUUGAAGGAACUAUGGAGGAUUACCAUGCAUACUUUGGAGAAGCAGGUGGUUUUACCCACAGUAUCGGAUCCCAGGGCGCUGUUCCCCAACCUCACACUCUCCUCGACCGCUCAAGCUAAGAUUUCCAGUGUCUCACAAAGCCUUUUGACUAAUGUCAGCAGCCAACUACCCACAAGCCGCCUUUUACAAGAUAUAUCCAAGGAGGCCGGUAUAUCUGAACGCAAUCUUACUCCGCUGCACUGCCAAAUUUUGAACAUUGCUUUGGACGCAAUAAAAACCUACUUUCAUGCUGGUGGCAGUGGGUUAAAAAGCAGCUUCCUUGAUAAAUCACCGGAAUUGCAGUCCCUUCGGUACGCCUUGUCUUUGUACACUCAGACUACUGAUGCACUGAUCAAGAAUUUUGUGGCCACACAGACAUCACAAGACAAACCUGCAAUUGAGGACAGCGUGGGGGAUGUGUCUAUACAGGUUGAUCUUUAUCGUCAUCCGUCACACGGUGAACACAAGGUCACGGUCACAGUCCUUGCAGCCAACAACUUAAAAUGGGUGAACACAGGCACUUUCAAACCCUUCGUUGAAGUAGUACUCGUCGGACCGCUGCUUGCCGAUAAGAAACACCGAUUCUCUACUAAGACAAAGGCAAACGUUUGGUCUCCAAAGUUUUCCGAGACAUUCACCUUCAUGCUAGGAGCUGGUUCCGACCCGGAAUCAUACGAAUUACAACUUUGUGUCAAAGACUACUGUUUCGGGCGCUCCGAUCGGAUCAUUGGUUUGACUGUUCUCCAGCUACGGGAUCUCGACACCGGUAAUUUGCCCUCUAGAGGUAGUUCAGCUGGAAGUGGCGCUUGUGCCUGUCUGUGCAGCUUGGGCAAACGACUACAUAUGGACGAUACCGGCUGGACGAUUUUACGCAUCUUGUCACAACGUCCACAGGAUGAAAUUGCUCGCGAAUUUGUGCGGCUUAAAUCUGAAGUCCGGAGUCCAACCGACACACAGACUCCAAUGGGGUCCGUUAUAUCAUCCACCCCUCGCAGUCAUUGA